AUGGCCAGACUCUGGCAGGCCCCGCGACUUCUGCUGGUCAUCCUGGUAGCCCUGAUGGCCCUCACCUACCAAGAAAAAAGGAAAACCUUUCUGAGUGUCAGAAAAGUUCCUGCAUCAGAGCCCUAUGUGAUAGCCACCAUGCAAUAUGUGAUCAAUGACUUCAACAAGAAGAGUAACGACAAGUACAAUUUCCGGAUUGUGCGUGUCCUGAAGGUCGAGCAGCAGAUUACUGACCACAUGGAGUAUCGUGUGAACAUGGAAAUGCGGCGGACCACCUGUCAAAAGCUCGAGACUACUAACUGCUCCUUUCAGGAAGGGGAGCUUUACAAGCAAAUUGAGUGCUUCUACUCAGUGUUUGUUGUUCCUUGGUUUGAAAAGUACAAAAUUCUGAAAAAAAACUGCACCGAUGUCUAG